CGCUGCUGGAUAUGUUCAGACAUUGCUGUAUUUUGGGUUUAAUUUACUUUUUAAUUAGGUUUCCGCUCUUUCGGAGCGCCAAGAGUUGCACGACUUGGGACUACCUUUGUUCGCAACGACGCCACCUAUCCGGUUUGACAGGAACUACUUUUACAAGUUAGCAUGCUAACUAGCAGGCUGACCAGACUAGCAUGCUGUUGGAGCGUAUCCGUAUCCUACAUUAACGUUCGUAUUCGCCACAGGAAGUUUCAAGACAUGUCGUUAUGACACCCAGGAAAGAAGUAUUCAAGUCAAAAGUCCUGCAGAAGCUGUAUCCGGCAGCUCCCACAUUGGAGAAGAAACCCAGCCCUCCUCGGAUCGUAGAGGCUUUAGCCAAGAAAACGCAUGUUAGAAAAAAAGCCUUUCAAUGUGACACUACGACAGGACAGACACAAGGUGCAGCCGUUCCCAGUCCACGGAUAUACACGGUCUUACCUCCUCCCGAAGACUACAAGAAACAUUUGGGGAAACUUGUUCCAAUCCCUCAACUAGAAAGUAUAAAUACUGCCAGAAAUCCAGCUGACGAGAGCGUGCAUGUUGUCAAUGAAGAACUAAAGCAAGAUGAAGAGCUGAAAAGAAACGGGAGAAGAUGGAAAAGAAAACCAUCGGGGCAAGAUGGUGCAGCUGGAGGGAGCGAGUCCGGUGCAGGUCAGAAUCCGACUGAAGCUGUGGUGGAGGGAGGAGAACACGUGAGCAGGAACAAGAAGAGGAAGCUGAAGAAGAAACGGCACAAAGAGAAGCUGAUCUCCAUGGGUGUGAUGCCCCGAGCUGCUGCCCUCGUGUUUACAUACGAGAAAGCUGGAGAGGAGGAGGAGGAGGAGAAGAGAGCUGCUGAGGUGUCGGACUUCCUUAGGACAACACUGGAGACCUAUGUGUCAGAUUCCCAACCGCACGUAGACAAGCUUCCUCUCCUGCCCGGCACAGUGGAAAACCUCCUGAGCCGCAUAUCCAGUGGCUGUAAACCUAACACUGCCCUGAUGCAGCUCUAUAAUCUCAAGGCCUGUGUUCAACAGAAGGAGGUGGACAAACUGGGAAAGGCACUGAAGGAGCUCCCUGACUCCUCGUGUAUGUCUGCAGAGGAAACGGCUGCAGUCGCUUCACUGUUCCAAUACUGGAUCACAGACAUUCUUCCCAUGCAGGGAGACAAGACGACGAGGCUGUCUACCGCACACCCAUGAGACUGUCAGUCACACUGAAAUAGAGAUGGAGGAUCCAGACACUCUCUUCAUGUACUGUAAUAAUGGAAUUAAGGUGCGACGUAAACUAGGCCUUGCACCCACCAUGUGUGCCGGGGUGUGGAGUUCCAGAUGUCCCCUGAAGCCAGAACACCAGUAUUACAUUACUGUGGGGAUUGCCCUAUGUAACUCAUUUUCCUGGAGAAGAAGAAAAACUUUCACUCACUUUCCUUAAAUAUUAUUUUUUUUACUAAUAAAUAAAAAAAUCUGAGUUUGA